AACCUUAGUUUUAGUGAUGUCAUAUAUUUUUUUGGUUAUUUGUAAUUGUAAGGUAAACAAUCUUUCCAAAAUCAUAAAAGUUCUACCGCAUGUUGAAGAAGUAGAAGAAGAAUUGAGAGAAUGGAAGAAAAAGAGGAAUCCGAUAAUUCUCGAAGACCGCGCGGCAGGAUAUACUAUUACGACAGACAGCUGCUUGCUGCUUUCAAAAAAGAUUGUGAAGAUCUUUUUGACGAGUAUGAAAAACUGAACACCCUUUCCUUUGAUGAGUUUGCUAAUUUGUGGAGAGAGAAGAACUAUUCGUUUAUAUUUGCUGGCCAAAACUGUGCUCUCUUGUUGAAGGAAUUUCUUGAUGAUUGUUUUUAUUCUCUUAAGAAGUAUAUGGUGUUCCCAAGAAGCUUAAACACACAAGCCGCUGCUCUUUACAUGUUGUAUGGCAUAUACUACAAGCAACCAUUAAGGAAUUGGGUAAAAAUAAGGAUGACGAUGGAGGAGUUCCAGAAACUAUUAGAAUUCGUCCAGGAAAUGGGCAACCAAGAUCAGUUAGAUGUAGUCUUUAUAUUUAGAAAAAUGCUGAGGGAUCAAGUAUUUUUGUUUGUUGCCACACGAAGACCAUUGGGACCAGAAGACAGAUUUGUAAAGAAGUAUGAAUUCUAUUACAAUGAUACUUUUGCAUCUGCAAACACCACCACAUCACUAAAUAAGUUCAAAAAAAUAGAUUCUUGUGAUAUUCUGGAAGAGUUGGAAGUAACAAACAACGAAUAUGAGAAGCUGCUCAAUAAAUAUUCUGGAAAAUGUCAAGGACUAGAACUGGCCCCAUCUACAAUAAUCUCAGACAUUAGAGACGCAUUAGCAGAAUUUAGCAUCAGCUCUUACCAGAAACCUGAGCCAGAUAAGGACCAUACAGGGCAAAUUAAGAAAAGAGCAAUGAGAAAUAAAAAUGCUGUGUAUAGGGCCUCUAAAAAGGUUAAAACAGCUGUAGAUUUAGAUGAAGAUGUUGAUGAUCCUUUGGCGAUAAAGGAAGACGAACCUGUGGAAGAAAAAGUGCAAAAACAGAAAAAGCCUGGCUCUAGUAUGAAAGGAAGCUUCAUGAGCAGAUUUAAUACUGUCAAAAAAGUGGCUGUUAAGAAAGAGACAGUUAAGAAAGGAAAAGGGUAAUUUUUGUAGCAAUUGAGGCACAUUUUGAUACUCUUCUAUUAAAUUAUUUAUCUGGACUGUAUUGCAUUUUUUAAACUGUGAUCUCAAGUUUACUACUCAUACGAAUCAUGUCUACAAAAAUUUCAACAAGUGGUAUUUUGGCAUUUUCAAAAUGAAACCCCUCCUAAGCUAUGCAUCCUCAAAGAUCAAGAAACUUAAAUUUCCGUGAGGGGGUUAAAAGUGGCUCAUUUUUGGUGAAAAUAUGAUUUUAAUCUAAUUCUGUGCAUUUUCAACUAAACAAAAAAACAGUUCGGCUAUCAUCUCAUAGAUUGACAGUCUUUGUAAAGUGUUAUUACAGGUCAGACAAAAUUUAACUAGUCAAAAAGAUCCUUUAGGGGCGGCUAAUCGCAGUUUGGGCGGGUUUAUGGCAACGCAUCUUUAAAGAUCAAGAAACUUAAAUUUCCGUGAGGGGGGUUAAAAAUCCCCCCAUUUUUUGAUGGAAAGAUUAUUUUGGAUUAGUUUCUUGUACCUAAUAUUACGUAAUGAUUUGGCUUUGUUGAAAAACAAAGCGUCCUCCUCCUUGCAUGCAUUGGGGCUUACUGAACAGAUUUCAGCAGCACAAGGUGGCCUUUGUGGCGGCUACCGUUAUGCAGCGCCAUCUAUUGGAGAGUAGCCGAAUACAAAAUAUAUUCAUCUAUAUAUGUGUAUAUACAGGGUGGCGCAUCGAAAACGAAACAGACGCAUUUACUGGCAGCUCAGUUUUUUUUUUUUGAAAAACGCUCAGACCCGUCGAUUUUGUUUUCGGACCAAUAUCGGCAGUUAUGACGAUUUACUACGCCAUUUAAGAAAAAGGAACAUUCGUCGGAAAAGCAAGUGUUGAAUAGAAAAUGUUCAUCGUUUAUAAUUCGUUCACUCAUAUCUUCACAAAAUUGUAAUCGCUGAUCAAAAUCGUCUUCAUUAAGUUCUUGUACCAGGUGAAUUUUAUACGGAUGAAAACUAUGGGCCUUUAGAUCCGUUGGACAGUACGUUAGUGAUGCAAAGUAUCGUUACUUUUUAGGACUUGUAAGGACUCGUUACUUUCGAACUUUGGACUCGUUAGUUUAGUUACUAUUUGGACAUUUCGUUUAGAACCUACAUUCUAUAUAUUAUAUCAAAUUAUUACUUUGGGAUUGAUCCAAUUAUAAUUUUUUGUCUAAUGCCUUGC